AUGUCAAACUUUUUGAAUCGUAUAAAGAAUCUCAAAACUGGCAUGAACAAUGGUUUUAGUACGAAUGAAAGUGAUACUGGAUCGAUCUGUUCAUUUGAUGAAGAAGGUUUCAUCUGUCCAAUGUGUCAUCGCAAAUUUCCGGAUACAGCUGGACUUGAACGUCACUUUCUUCAAGCUCAUGCUGAACCUCAACCAACCACAGCAACAGCAAAUCAUGGAGAAAGUAAUGGAACAAGAAAUGAUCGAUACGAUGAUCCUCAUCAGGAAGUCGCCAUAUGGAAACAACAGUUUUGUCAAUCAGAAGAAAGUCGAAUGCAAUUAAGCAGUGACUUGAUGCAGCAACGACAACGUGUUGGUGAUCUUGAAGAAGAAAUGGAGUUACUACGAAAACAAUUACGUACCACACAAAUGAAAGUUGUUGAACAAUCGCAAGAAAUUGGCAAUUUAAAAGCAACCAAAGAUGUGUAUGACGCUCAAAUAGCCAUGUUUACCGAUGAGCUUCUCAAUACACAAGGUGAAUUAAAAGAAAAACAAAAUCAAGUUGAUACUCUUUGUAAUGAUUUGAUACCAAGGCCAACAAAUGAUGAUGUCGAUGUACUAAAACGCGAAUUGAUUGCUGUUCAACAACGCAUGAAUGAAAUGUCGUUGGAGAAAGAGCUGCAAAUCGAAAAUCUACGUAGUGCUCUUUCAGAUAUUUCGAAAUAUGCUGAACGAUUAAACCAAAUCGAUAACACAUUUGAUCAAAAUAUGAUGCUCUAUGAUCAAAUAAUAAAUGAUCACACAUCUCAAAUUGACAAUGAUCUUAACCAAGUGAAGCAAUUCGUUCAAGUAACACGCGAACGAAAGAGCACUAUUGUAGCACAAUUAACCCAUAUGCGGCAGUGUUUGAGUGAAAAUCAGACGGAAAUCGAUCAAUUGAAGAAGAUAAACGAAAAAUUACAUCUCGAUCUUGAACAACGAAAGCAAAUAAAUGAACAGUUAACUGAUGAUCUACAUAAUGAACAGAAUACAACAACUUCGAAUCGAAUGCAGAUUGAGAAAUUAACCAGUGAAAUUCAGGAAUUCGAGAAAGCCUUAGAUGAACUUAAAGACGAGAAAAAGCAACUAUUGUUAAGUAAAAUGGAUGGAGAUGCAGACGAUGAACGUCAAAAUCUUGUUCGACAAUUGACGCAAGAAAAAGAUCAGUAUGAACAAAAAACGAAAGACUCUCGGAAACAAAUUAAACAGAUCAAUAAAGAAAAAGACAAUCUCCAAAAAGAAUUGAAUCAGAUUUCAAUACAACUAACAGAAAGAACCAACGAAAAAAAUCAACUCCAAGAAGAGCAAACUCAAUUGAACAAUCAGCUCAAUUCAUUGAAACAACAACUAGAUGAUCUUAAUAAAGAGAAAGAAAGACAAAUAGAUCAAUUGAGAAACGAACUGAAUUCUGCCCGUGAAGAACAUGUGAAUCAGCAAGCAAAAUUAGAAAAUGAACACAAAGAAUUGAUCUUACAGUUGGAGAAAGAUAAAUCUGAUUUACAACAGCAUACUUUGCAACAAGAUGUGGUUAUAAAUAUAACUAAAUUAGAGAUCGAAACGUUGAAAGCUGAGAAAGAUAACUAUGAACAACAGAUAUCAAACAAUCAACAAGCAAUCGACGAAUUACAACAAACAGUUUCUCAAUUGAAUGUCAAACUGAACGAAAAGGAUACUUCUAUUACUCGUAUAUCUGUCGGUAUUCGUCGUAGUAUUGAUUUUGUACAUAAAACUCAUGAGUAUAUUCAACAAACAAUCUCCCCCGCACAAGUUAAUAUGCACACUAUGAUUGAAGAGGCUGAAAAAGAAUCUCAAGUUAUUCGUACGCAAACACUAGAAGACAUGCGUAAUGAAUAUAUGAAUUAUAUAACUGUUGUGCACACCAUGAUUGCUGAUAAUCGAGCUAAACUUGAUAAACAAAUGGAAGAAGACCGACAGCAUGCUGAACAACAAAUGGAUAAAAUUAAAGAUGAACAUCGUCAAUUAGUAGAAGAAUACGAUGAGCAAAAGCGAAAUUUAGAAACACAAUUAAGUGAAUCGAAUCAGAACUUUGUACAGAUCUCCGAAUCUCUAUCUGAAACAAUUCAAUCGGCCAAACUUCAGCAGGAAAAGUCCGAACAACAAAUCACUGCUCUCGAACAUGAAUUAGCGGACGUUCGAUCUGAUCUUGAAUCUCGAGCGAAGAAAUAUGAAAUGCAGUCAUUGGCAUUGCGAGAAAAUCUCGGUAAUGUUCGCGGUGAACUCAAAGCUGCACAAGAAAAAUUAGCCAUUUUCGAAAAACUCAAAUCAGAAAAAGCAGAUCUUGAAGCACAUUUGUUAGCUAGUCAAGAAGAACGUCAGCGUCUUCUCGAACGAUCGAUCACAAGUGAAACUCGAAACGAAAAACUGUUGUUAGAAAAUGGACAAUUGGCGAAAAAGAAUUCCGAUCUCGAAUCUGCCUUACAAGAAAUAGCUCGUGAAUACCAAGGCCUUCAAAUCCAUACAAACAAAUUAACUCAACGCCGAUGGAUUAAUGAUAGUGACGUUCAUAAUUGUAUGAAAUGUGGUCAAACAUUCACAAUGACGCAACGUAAACAUCAUUGUCGGUCUUGUGGAAAUAUCUUUUGUGAUACAUGUUCGUCGAAAACAGCCGUCGUGGCAGCGUCAUCUAAAAAAGCACAACGAGUAUGCGAUCAGUGUUACCAAGAGUUAACUUCGUAA